AUGGUUGAAUGGUGGAUGUAAAUCUGUUUUCAAUUCGUUUGAGUUCAUGUGACCAUGUUGUCAGUUUUAGCGGUUUUGCUUCUGUGCCUUUUGUGUGCUGACAGCAACGCGGACAUACUUCGCUUGGCACAAGUGCUGUUUAGGCAUGGAGAUCGGAGUGCAACCCGCACAUAUCCUACAGACACUUUGGGGGAGGAUAUCUGGCCGCAGGGAUUUGGUCAGCUCUCACCUAUUGGAAUGCGGCAAGCACUUCUCCCUGGGACGCUUCUUCAGGCGGAGGUACAUUCUGGACACCAACCUGCUUUUUCAAAACUACACCAAGAAACAGAUCUACAUUGUCAGCACAGACUUUGAGAGAACCCUAAUGAGCGCCGAGAGUAACCUAGCAGGCAUGUUUCCCCCUGGAAGGACCAGCAGUGGAGUGAGGUGGGUCGGGGAACAUUGGCAGCCCAUCCCCAUCCACACCAGGCCAGUGUCCCAGGAUAAGGUUUUUGCAAUUCGGAGAAAAAAAUGUCCCCACCUGGACCAGCUUAAAAAGCAGCUUGAGGAGUCAAAUCCAUACGGUCAAGUGGAGGCCGAACAUAAGAAGCUGAUAGACUACCUGGCUGAUAAAUCUGGGAUGAAAGCCACUGUUCCAGACAUCGCCCAGCUUUAUGACAUUUUCUUCUGCCAGAAGCAGAAUAACCUAACCCAGUACUGGCCUGAGUGGAUGAACAACACCAUGUUCCGGACGCUGAAGGAAUUCCAAGACAAAGUUGUGACGGUGUCGCACUCUGUGCCUGAAAUCAACAGGUUUUUAGGAGGUCCAAUUGUGGCCAGGAUGGUGAAGAACAUGAAGACAAGACUUGAGGAUAAGGAAAGCCCUCUGAGGAUGUACAUGUUUUCUGCCCACGACACCACAGUAUCAGCGUUACUGAGCGCUCUGCAAGUGUUUAACCCGACCGUCAACCCGCCCUACAUCAGCUGUGUGAUGGUGGAGCUGUACCAAAGGGCAGACAACUCUAGCUAUGUGCAGGUCUACUUCAGGAAUGACUCUACCGGGCAAAUCCCUCCACACAAACUCCACAUUCCAGGUUGUGCCAGCUCUGACUGUGAGUUCUCCAAUUUCCUAGAGGUAACCAAGAGCUUGAGUUUGCCUGAAGCAGAUCUGAAGAGAGAAUGCAAUAAGAAAGUUUUUCCAAACACCACAAGUAUCACCAUCCUUAUCCUUGCUGUUUUGUUGAUGGUGGUCAUUCUGAUCAGCAUCAGCUACUUUUACCUGAGGCGUAGGAAGGCCACACGGUACGAGGAGUAUCGUCUGACAAAUAGACAGGCAGAUGACGAUGAUGAGGAGGACCCAUGAGCUGUGACUGACCCAAGAGUGCUAAAAAGCUCCAACAUCACAUCAUAAAGGGACAUCACUCUGUUGCUGUAAAUUGUGAAACCCUGUAUAUUGUGUGGAAAUUUUUGUAAGAGGAAAGAUUCUUUAUUCAGGAGAAAUUCUGUCAUAAUAUUAAUAAUCACAUCACAAUCUCUUUAUGUAUGUGUAUGUAGACUAUAUAUCUGAAUACAUUAUAUACUUUUAAUUAAUUAAUUAAAAUGGGUAAGAAUCUGAUGCCUACAUGUACAUUUCAUGCCUUAGCAGUUUCAGAAAUCUGCGAAAUGCUCGCACAAUAAGAAUGCACCUUCUUGUGGAUGUGAGACUAGACUGUGAUCAAGCCAACAAUGUAUAGACCUUGUACUUUUGCAUUUUAUGUACAUACAGGUUACAAUGUUUAAGAUGAUAUCGACAUUCAGCAAUUUCUUGUUAUAUAUACUCAUUGUGCGUAUAUACUCAUGCACUACAUGCAUGUACAAGCCAGAAAAAGUGGUGCUAAAAAAAAGUGUUUGCUUAUUUUAAUGUCUUGUAUAAAAGUGACUACUUUAAAAUGACAUACUGUUACAUGCAUCACGAUAUGAAUUCAUGUGGUGCCUUGGGUUUUGUCUCUCCCUGAUGUGAUAAUUUAUACAUUGCAGGGUUGGUACAUGCAUGGUACCUCUGUACAGAGUAAUACCUUCACUGUCAUCUUCCCAGUAAAUAGAUGAGAUGUACAUAUCAGUACACUAGUUUUGGAUGUCACUACAAAGUACUUCAUUAUGACUCAAAAUUUGGCUUUAAAUGUAUUUUGGCACCAUCAAGUUAACGGUCAAAAUAUUGAAUCAUUGUGAAAUCUUUGCUCUUUGAGUUUCUCUGCUUGGGUAUUACUCUAACAUAGCUGUGUUAGUCACAACUUUUCUGGCUGUGUAGAUUUUCCUGUGCUAUUUUGAUUGUUUUGCCCUCUGUGUUCAGAACAUGUACAGUUUUAAUAGGCUAAGCUUGAUCAAUUUUCCAAUUCACAAGUAACUUUUUUUUCUCUCCUGGUGAAGAUUUUCACCUAGUUAUGUUAGUUGAGAUUUUAACCUGGAUGACUUGACAACUGAAAUUCUGACGUGGUUAAAGUUCACCUCCCUGAGAUACUGAUCUGGCUGAAACUCUGAUGUGGUUAAAAUUGACCUGCCUGAGAUACUGACUAGACUGAAACUCUGAUGUGAUUAAAAUUGACCUGCCUGAGAUACUGACUAGGCAGAAACUCUGAUGUGAAUGAAAUUGACCUGCCUGAGGUACUGAUCUGGCUGAAACUCUGAUGUGAUUUAAAUUGACCUGCCUGAGAUAUUGAUCUGGCCAAAACUCUGAUGUGGCUAACAUUGACCUGCCUGAGAUGCUGAUCUGGCUGAAAGUCUGAUGUGGUUAAAAUUUACCUACCUGAGAUACUGAUCUGGCUGAAACUCUGAUGUGGUUAAAAUUGACCUGCCUGAGAUACUGACUAUCGCUGAUGUGUUUAAAAUUGACCUGCCUGAGACGCUGACUAGGCUGAAACUCUGAUGUGGUUAAAAUUGACCUGCCUGAGACGCUGGCUAGGCUGGAACACUGAUGUGGUUAAAGUUGACCUGCCUGAGACACUGGCUAGGCUGGAA